ACUUAAAAAUAACGCGGGGAGGUAUGACGAACGAAACCGUUGAAGAAAGAACAUGGCGAGAGAAAUGACUGUCAACAGAAGAUAAACAAUGUUGACGUAGAGAAAGCUUCUUAUAAAUGACACUUCGGGAACAGCGUUGUCCAGCAAACCCGCCAAUUCUUCAAGAAAGAAACCUUAAGUGGUUAAAAACUCCUCUGCUUAGUGAGAAUAGGUUUGUGUGUAACAUCAGCUGUUUGAGCUCAGUGUCUAAAUGGAUCAUACGGAGGACUUGUCUGCUCGGGUCUUACUCAAACAUAUUCUCACCACCGAGCCACCUAGGACUCCCAUUACCCGCAGUGCGACCAGCCGCAGCAGUAGACAGGGUAACAAAGAUGGUGGAGCCCAAACCCCUCAGGACCUCCUGAGGCACAGUCUGAAGCAUAGACUACGUGAGAGUAUAACCAGAAAAUCCCUGCCCCCACCUAAAAGAAGGACCGCUUCAGUCGUGCUAAAGAGAAUUAACAUGCCUGCGACGGCCUCCAUGCUUUUCGAUGACGGAGACACACCGAGACACAUACUCAGGAACAUCCUGCGGACAGAGCCUGUGAGAACUCCUGUGGUACAUGACAGAGCUGCUUCAGGUGAGCCGCAGCCUUCUUCAGCAAACUCAAGCAUUGCAAGCAAGCGUCAAAGCACUGAGCUGUCCGGGUUUGACUUGCCUGAUUUAACUAUUAGCGACGUCGUAAGUACCGCAAAGGGAUUGAGCAGAAAGAGGCCACGUCGGAGCCUGAAUGUAACAGCUUUUGAAAAACGCCUUCGAGAUGGAGAAGAUGUUGAAGGGCAAAAUGAAGAAGCAUCACAGGACAAUUCCUCCCUCUCUUUGUCAAGUUCAACUUCUCUGAGCCUAAAAACACCCUACGUGGAUGUUCACACGGAGAAAAGGGGUCUGCAGAGGCGGGUUUCUAACCGAAGAAAAAUCACAGAGGAAGAAUUUGGUGCUGCUGUGAAUAGAAGGCACAUGGGAGAGGCAAGCAGCUUCGUGCAGCCAGAGCGGGGUCCCAGUGACACCGCUUAUUCUGAGGGCUUCACUUUGGGCCUGAGCAAACUCAGUGAACCUGAUAUCACCACUGAUAUUCUCCACUGUAACACAGCUCUUUACGCCCAGACUGAUGCAAUGACCUCCAACUACACCACUGUUGCAACCCAGGACAAACCGACUGCGAUGGCGUCUCAGCUGCAGAGGCAAAUGUCUGAGAUGGAGCAGAGCGAACUCAGGGAGGAGAAAUCAAUGAACGCAUUUCCAACUGAAGAGGAGGCUGUGGCAGAACCUCAGGGUGAAGAAUAUAUUUCUGAGUCUCAAGAGAAUGCAGGGGGAAGCACCACUAACGGUCAAGCUCAAGAUGUUGCAGUCAUGUCAAAGUCUGAGGACGAGGAGAAUGUAGUGGAAGCUCAGACAGGAGAGGAGGGGGCGACUGAUUCUCAGGCUGAUGAAGAAGAAGAAGAAAAGGAGGAUGGUGGAGUUGAUUCCGAGCCUGAAGAGGAUGGUACAACCAGGUCUCAGUCUGAGGAGGUUCAGCCAGACUCUCGAACCCAAGAAGAAAAAGAAGAAGAAGAAGAAGAAGAAGAAAAAGAGGAUGCUGUUGAAUCUCAAAUUGAAGAGGAAUGUGCUGUUGAUGCACAGCAUGAGGAAGAGGAAAAGGACGAAGAUGAUGCAGUUGACUCUCAAAGUGACGAAAAAGAAUCUGCUGUGGAUUCUCUGCCGGAGGAGGAGGAGGAGGAAGAAGAAGAGGAGGAAGUUGCUGAGUAUGAAAGUAAUCAAGAGGAUCCUGCAGAAGUUAGUGUUUCCCAAUUUAAACCUGAAGAUGAGCAUGAUGGUGAGGAGGAGGUGGAGGAAGAUGGUGAGGAGGUGGAGGGGGAGGAGGAGGUGGAGGAAGAUGGUGAGGUGGAGGAAGAUGGUGAGGUGGAGGAAGAUGGGGAGCAGGCAUCAGAACAGCUGGAUGGGGAUCUUGAACACGUCAGUCGAAGGGCUCAUCGCUCUGAGGGAGGACUUGUUGUGCCGGUUACCGAAGCAGAGGGGGAUCUGGCAGAUGGACCCGAAGCAAGAUUGUCUGACGGCAAGAGCAAGGCAUACACUACUUUCGAUCUACAAAACAUUGCAGAGAUGGGAAGCCAUGAGAGCGGUCCGCCUCACUCAACUGAGUUCUCUAACCAUGGACAGAGGGACGCUUCCGAGGCUGAAAAAGAAAACUCUUUUGAUCCCCCGCCAGUGAUGCAGGAUAUUGAAGACAAUGGGCAAAUGAGUGACGAGUCACCUGAAGAGGCUGCUGCUCAGGAGGAGGAGGAGGAGGAGGAGGAGGAGUGGGAGGAUGAUGAAGAGAUUGAAGACGCACCGAGUAAGACUCCAGCAUUUGUCAGACAGAAAAGAGACCUUCUUCGCCCCGAUCCUCUGGCCUCGCCUUCUGUUCUUAAGAAUAUUCAAGCCAGUGCAAGUGACAGCGGAGAUUUGCCUGCACCUGCACCCAAGCAGGUGAGGAAGAGGAGGGCAGGUCCGUCGAGAAAGGCAGGAGGUCUUCCUAAGAACUACCUGAUGAGUAUCUUCAAACACUUUGCCAAAACAAAAGUCUCCGCAGAUGUUUACCCCGUCCUACAAGAAAUAAUGGAUAAAUUCUUCGAGCGGCUUGCAGACGACUUGGAGACGUACGCAAUUCACGCAAAGAGAAAAACCAUCGAGGUGGAAGAUGCUGAACUUCUGCUGAGAAGGCAGGGUCAUGUGAGCGACAAGGUGCCAGUGGAAGUGCUGAUUGAAAAAUAUCUGCGUAUGGACCAGCGCAGGCUCCUGAUCCCCAUAGCAACCAGUGGAAAUGUUGUUUUCCCUAAAAAGCGGAGAUGAAUGUUGGAUUUGACCUUUUUAUUGUAUUUUUUUUUUUUGGCUCUGGUUUCAUCUUGUGGACUGCUUCAGAUUCACUUUACGCUGCAUUUGAUGUAAAUAUGUUUAAUAAGCCUGAAAUCUUUUGUGAUGUGUGUGUAGGCUUUUUCUGUCUUAUUAUCUAUUUCUGUAAAGGCUCAAGUUUGUUGCUUCUCUGCCUUAGUGUUUCUCCUUCUCUUGUUUAAACGGCCUUAUUCAGCAAAGUUUGAAUCUGUAAUAAAACUAAUCAUAAUACACAUCAA